GUAGGAGCUCCCAGCAGGAAUCCAGCCAGGACUGUCUGAAUGAACAACCCUGUGGAAUAAAUGCAUUGCCUCUUCCCCCCAUGAAGCCCCUCUGCUGUCUGCAGGCCAGCCCAGCCAGCGUUGCCUCCUGAGAUAAGACCUUUGGCGGGUGUCUCUCCUAUCAGUCCUUCAAGUGGGUGUGGGGGACACAAGCGAGGCCUGGUGCUGGCAGAACCCGGGCACAGCGACGGGCGCAAGAUGGGCUCCAAGUACCCGCCGUCCCUCCGAUGCUGCCUGCCCCUGUGGGCCGUCAUGCUACAGGUGGCUUUCACUCUUCUCUUCUAUUUUUUCAUCUCCUACGACACUCUCCAAGUGGAUCAGAAGCUCCUGGUGACCUAUCAAGUCAUCCAGGAUUUGACCCUCAUGGCAGCCUUGGGCUUUGGCUUCCUUUCCUCAUCUUUUCGGAGACACAGCUGGAGCAGCGUGGCCUUCAACCUCUUCAUGCUGGCCCUCGGGGUGCAGGCGUCAGUCUUGCUGGACCACUUCCUGAGCUGGACCUCCCAAAAGGAUGCAUUCAGUCUGCUCAGCAUCCGGAAAGCCACCAUGAGCACGAUGCCUGUGCUCAUCUCAGCCGGGGCCGUCCUCGGGAAGGCCAACUUGGUGCAGCUGGCCGUGAUGGUGCUGAUGGAGACAGCGGCCUUUGGAGCCACCAGGUUUGCUGACAAGCAGGUCUUCCAGGUGGAAGACCACACAGUGAUGAUGCAUGGGCACAUGUUCGGGGCCUAUUUUGGGCUGCUCGUGGCCUGGUGCCUCUCCAGGUCUCUGCCCAGUGGAGUGGAUGAGAAGGUCCAGACAGAGAAGGUUCAGAUGGCCACAGGCUCCAGUCUGUUUGCCAUGCUGGGUACCCUCCUCUUGUGGAUAUUCUGGCCAAGUUUCAACUCUGCUUUGGUGGAAUUGACAGAUAAAAAGAAUGCUGUGCUUAACACCUACUACGCCCUUGCCGUCAGCACAGUGACAGCCACCUCCAUGUCAGCCCUGAGUCACCCCCAGGGCAAGAUCAACAUGGUUCAUAUCCACAAUGCAGUCCUGGCAGGAGGCGUGGCUGUGGGUGCCCCAUGUUCUCUGAUUCCUUCUCCUUGGAUUGCCAUGGUGCUGGGUCUCACAGCUGGGCUGAUCUCCAUUGGGGGAGCCAAGUGCCUGCCGGUGUGUUUGAACCGCAUGCUGCAGAUCCAGAACCCCGGGGGGACCCACUACACCUUCGGCUUGCCGGGCGUGCUAGGAGCAGCCACCUACAUUCUGCUGAAAACUAGGAAGAACAGCUACUCCAUGUUCGAUGUAAACCAGAUGAUCAUUGACUUCGGGGCUCUCAGCUUUGCUCUGGCGAUGGGAAUGGCGGCUGGACUCCUAACAGGUUGGCUCCUAAAUAUCAAAGUGUGGAGGGCACCCCACGCAACCAAGUACUUUGAUGAUCAGGCUUUCUGGGAGUUCCCUCACUUGGCUGUUGGAUUUUAAGCAAAAACGCCUGAGAACUCGAGGCUGAGCGUGGAGAUGUCCCUCUUCGUGUGUUCCAUUUGUGUUUGUAACACGUGUUACGAGAAAGUCUUCAAAUGGCGAUUUCAGUUUAAAUAGUGUGCUUGGUUUCAUGACAGAUGCUAUCAAUCUGCUGGCUGCAGACACCUCAUUAAAGUUCCGGUCCAAUUCUGUC